CCGGCAGAGAUUUCUAGAUCCAGACGACUUCAAAUCAAUUGAUCGCGAUGCGUCAAAGGAUGGCCACAAGUGGUCGCCCAGUUCAGGCGGGGUGAGAAAGUACAAUCAUUUGACCCUGACUCGAGUCAACGCGUCCUGUGCCGUGAUUCAGUUAUACCGCGUCGCGUGUGUUGUUUCUCAAUCAGCGAUAUAAGUUCACAGCGCGCUGUUCCCGACAUUUUCCCUGUCCUGCCUCAGCCCUUGUCGCGUUUGUGCUCUGCAUCUGGGGAGCCUGCAUGGAGCUACAUAUGCAUACGAGUCGUCUAUGGUCACGUGGUCUCCUCUCAUAUCUGCCGCCCAUAUUUGCCGUCGUCUCUCUAGUCCAUGUCCUUCAGAAAUAUGCAUGGACUCGUUGGUCUCGAGAGAAGGGAAAGGAGGAAGAUGAAGGACCUGAUCUCUCGGCCGAAAGCCUACUGGAGACAGUGCAAAAAUAUGAUGGACCUGUGAUCCUGUUAUUCAGACUACUACGGCUUCUGACGGUCUUAGCUCUCUUGUCGAUUGAGGUUUAUGAACAUAGCACAGGACAUGGAUCCGGGGCUAAAGCGCUUCAGAUCCCGCUUUUUAUUUAUGCCUCCUCACUUGCCGUGCUAUCCAUGGCCACCCCUACAUAUUGGAGGGACAUAGUAUCUUUACAGCUUGCUCUCGUCCUUUUCGUGGAUUUCCUGGUAUACUUUGUUCUGGAUGUAUGGCCAUAUGCAAUGCUUAGUCCGAAACCUUUCGAUCUUGUGCACGAGCCCGCGACGUGGGUGCGCGUUGCUCUCCUUGCUUUGGGUGGUGUCAUUAUUCCUCUCGUGAUGCCACGACCUUUUCGCCCGUCGUCGCCAGAUGACGAGCCUAGUUCGUCGGAGACAGCAAGUUUGUUGUCGCGUUAUACGUACUCUUAUCUAGAUCGCAUUGUUUGGUUUGCGUUUCGGGUGCCUGACAUCACUGUGAAGGACAUGCCGGAAAUGCCUGGUCCGGCGAAGAUGGAAGUGCUAGCAAAGCGGGCAUUGGCAGCUGUUGAUCCCGUGCAAGUUGGAAAGCGGCACAUUGUCUGGGGAAUCCUGAAGGUGUGGCGCAGGGAAUUUGUGCUAAUGACGCUCUUUCAAUGUCUGUGGUCACUUGCGGAGUUUGCAAGCCCAUACGGCAUGCGAAACCUUCUUGUUUCCAUGGAGACUGGUAUUCCCUCGCAUGGUUUGCACACUUGGGUUUGGAUUCUUGUUCUCGUCGUUGGACCCGUCGUAUCUGGAUUCUUGUACAAUCAGUGGUUAUAUGAAGCUACACGUAUCAUCGUUGAGAACGGAAGUGUAUUUACAUAUCUCGUCUUCCAUCAUGCAUUACGGAUCCGAUUGAAGAGUGACUCACUUGAUUCGGACACUGGAAAAGGUAGUAAUAACGACAUCCCAGAAACAAACGAAGAGAACACCCAGACGACAGAAACGCCAGCGACAACAGAUGCCGAUUCAUCUACGGAAGAAGCCAGUAACGUAGCUCCAGCAUCGACUACAACGGCUGCAAGUGGUUUCAGCUCACAACAAGCUACAAAGGACAAGAAUUCCCAGGAGAGAACUGGACAUAUUAUUGGCAAAAUCAAUAAUCUUAUCACAUCAGACCUCACCGCACUUGCUGAUUUGCACUAUGUGACGACACUGCCUGGCAUUCUCGUGCAACUCGUCCUUUCCAUUGUCUUCCUGUAUGAUUUGCUUGGUUGGAGCGCUUUCGUAGCUCUUGGUGUGAUGAUUGUAUGCCUCCCGAUCCCUGCCCUUAUUGGAAAUUCAAUGGCAACUGUCCAGCAAGGCAAAAUGCAAGCUACAGACAAGCGCGUGCAAUCAGUAACGGAAGCAUUGGGCGUCAUCAGGAUGAUCAAACUCUUCGGCUGGCAGCCAUACACGCUCAAGCAACUCGGUAAUCGUCGUGAUGAAGAGCUCACGAGGAUUCGACGAUUUAAACUGCUGACUUUGGCUAUGAAUGCCUCGAACGACAUGCUUCCCCUCUUGUCCAAACUUGCCGCGAUUUCAAUAUAUACGCUUGUCACCAAGGGGGAACUUUCUGCGUCGCGCAUAUUUGCAGCGCUUAUGGUUUUUGGCUUGAUGGAGCAGCAGCUGUGGAUGAUCAUGGCCACGCUACCUGGUCUUCUAAAGUCCAAGGUCUCAUGCGACCGUUACACACAUUUCUUAAACUCGACCGAGCUGUUAUGUGAAGGAAAUGCUGUGUACACUAGUACCGGUGAAAGGAUAUCUUCGGAAGAUAUUGAACGCGAGCAGCCAGGAUCCGAUGUGAUUGGCUUCAAACAGUGCGCAUUCUCUUGGGACACCCCGAAGACGAAGGAAUCCGGAACACCAAGGAAGCAUCAUACUCGGAAGCAUUUCAGCCUUCGCUUUGAUGACGAAGUGACCUUUAAGCCUGGUCAGAUCAACCUCAUUGUUGGACCGACGGCUGCAGGAAAGACAUCGGUUCUUUUGGCGCUACUGGGAGAGAUGUAUUGCAAGCCGCAUGGGGUCGGGUCGUGGUACAACCUUCCCCGUGAUGGUGGUAUUGCAUAUGCACCACAGGAAUCAUGGGUGCUCAAUGCGACAAUCAGGGACAAUAUCUUGUUCGGAGAACCAUACAACGAAGACCGAUACAAGAAAGUAAUUAGCCAGUGCGCUCUCGAGAGGGACCUUGCUCUAUGGGAAGCUGGUGACCUUACGGAAGUCGGCGAGAAGGGCUUGACGCUAAGUGGUGGACAAAAGGCCCGAGUUACACUCGCGCGUGCAUUAUAUUCUUCCGCGUCUAUUCUUCUUCUGGACGAUGUCUUAGCCGCCCUAGACGUCCACACUGCGAAAUGGAUAGUCGAUAAAGCUUUGCAAGGUGAUCUGAUUCAAGGGCGUACAGUAUUGCUUGUAACACACAACAUUUCUCUUGCCGGACCCAUCGCCGGACAUGUUGUCGUAUUGACGCGUCACGGGACGGUCUCAGCUCAAGGAACUGUUUCGGAGGUACUGAAUAAAGACUCUCGGCUACGGGCUGAAGCCGAGAAGGAACGAGAAGCAGCUAAUCAAGAAAUUGAGAGCAAGAUGGACGAAGCCAUAAAAGACAAGGAUGCAGACUCAGAGGACUCGAAGAAAGCUGCAGGGAAGCUGGUCGUUGCUGAGGAAAAAGCUAUGGGGCGUGUGGAGCUGGCAGCAAUCUUGCUCUAUGUUGCGAGCAUGGGUGGAGCGUUCGUCUGGAUAUCCAUCGUUGGCUCGCGAUUAUUGGCAAUGGUGAUCAUGGUAAUGCAACAAUGGUUCAUGGGCUACUGGUCCAACCAAUAUGAGACUCAUCCUGCUUCGGAGGUGCCUGUACUUAGGUACCUGUUUCUCUAUGCGUUCGCAAAUCUUUUGCGAUACGCGGCAGAUUUCAGCUCUCAGUUGCUAUGGCUCUUCAGGUCGCUGAGAGCAUCAAAAAUCAUACAUUCGCGUUUGCUGCAAAGCAUUUUUACGUCUUCGUUCAGGUGGCUCGACAUUACGCCAGUUGGUCGCAUCGUCACAAGAUGUACACAAGAUAUGAGCAUCAUCGACGAUCAACUCUCCAUGUUUUCGGAAAUAUUUCUUGGAAUGACGCUCAAUAUGAUAUGCUAUUACUUCGCGGCCGUCUACAUGGCCGGUUGGUAUGCGUUCAUCUCCGGCCUUGUGAUUGGAAUCCUUGCCACUUCACUGGGACGAAUCUAUUUGAAGUGUCAGAUGUGCACCAGACGGGAAAUGAGCAAUGCCAAAGCGCCAGUCUUGUCUCAAGUCGAGACAGCCUUAUCAGGUCUACCUUCGAUCCGAGCGUAUAGCGCGCAAGAUCUCUUCUACAACGAACUUAAGAAUCGCAUUGAUGUGCUUGCACGCACAUCAUACUGUUUCUAUGACAUAAACCGUUGGGUGAGCAUUCGAAUGGACUUCCUUGGUGCCAUUUUUGGGGGAGUCGUGGCGGCAUACCUUGCAUAUGGUAGUAAUAUUCCGGCUGGCUAUGCUGGAUUCACACUGUCUGCUGUUUUGUCAUUUUCCGCCCAAAUCUUGUUCUGGGUCCGCUUUUAUAAUCUUGCCGAGAUCCAAGCGAAUAGCCUGGAGCGGAUGCUUGAGUUCAUGCGCAUCGAUCAUGAACCAGCUCCAGGCGAGAGUGGAAAGCCACCCGCAUACUGGCCGUCAAGCGGGGAGCUGUGUGUUGAGAAGCUCUCUGCUAGAUAUUCCGAUGAUUCACCCGCAAUAUUGAAAAACAUAUCAUUCAACGUUAAAUCAGGAGAGCGAGUCGGUAUUGUUGGCCGAACUGGAGCGGGAAAGUCCAGUGUUGCAUUGGGCCUAUUACGAGCUAUCAAGACAGAAGGAAAAGUCUAUUACGAUGGUCUCGCUACCGAUGAAAUCAACCUGGACUCCUUACGUACAAACAUCACGCUCAUCCCUCAGCAACCUGAACUUAUUCACGGAACGCUUCGCGAGAACCUUGAUCCCUUUGAGCAGCAUGACGACGCAACUCUGUAUGAUGCGUUGAAUGCCGCAGGUUUCUUCAGUAUUAAGGAUUUAGCUUCGCAAAAGCAACCUGACGGGCACGUCAAUGACACAACAGCGGAACAGUGUGCGGAUGGCUCAGAAUCAAGCGCAAAGAUUGGACUUGACACUAUGGUCGAGAGUGGCGGGACGAAUUUCUCAUUGGGCCAGCGCCAGAUUAUCGCUCUUGCACGAGCCAUUGUCCGAAGGAGCAAGCUAUUGAUUCUUGACGAAGCCACAGCCGCUAUUGAUUACGAUACAGACACUGCAAUACAAAAUACACUGCGCACGGAGUUCAGUAAGGAUACUACGCUGCUUACUAUUGCGCAUCGUCUACAGACAAUCGUCGAUUAUGACAAAAUCAUGGUGCUAGACGCGGGCGAGCUUGUGGAAUUCGACAGCCCCAACGCUCUGCUGGAGAAGGAAGACGGAUAUUUCCGCGCACUGGUGGACGAAAGCGAUGAUCGCGAUCUUCUUCGUAACCUAGCCAGCCGGCAGUAACAUUGACCCUAUCAUUUCGACGCCGGUUCAUCUUGUCAGCUGAGAUCCAACGCAGAACCUAUUUGUCUUCCAUUCAAGUUCAGUCGUAGGAGCGUAGAGAUGUAAACGUUGAUGAGUGAUGUUUAUCGCGUAUAAUAAAGCACAACUCGAAACAAGCAAUUCCUGAGGCAGUCAUGAUGGAUUGAUCCUCAUUGGAGACCCGACCUCGCUCCUUAGGCAUGUGUAUUCCAAGAUUGGCACCCUGGAAUAUCUGUCACUUUCACGUUGCUCCGCUCAACUUGUCGACUCAUGUCUAGAACGCAUAACUUCCCUUGCUUUCGACUGAUACUGUCUCGAAAACACAAUACUGAAGGGCGAAAUGACAAUAUCGACAAAGGCAAGUUCUUGCGCAGUAUUGAUUAAAUCUAAUGCUCCGGCUUCUUUUCCC